CUUAGCCUCUGAAGCGUGCCCCGAGGCGGCGUCCUCCUCUGUCCCACGCAGGCGCAAUGGGAUGAUCCCGAGGUUCAUUUAACUCCAGGCGCGUGGGGAGCGCGCGGGUGUUCGCAACAUUUGCCACGAGCAUCUCUUACGGCGUGUGCUGCUGAUCCUUGUGUUGUGCGUGCGUAUCAUCAGUGUGGCGACGUCGGGUUGCUAUCGUUGCAGUGGCCGCGCUCGCAAGGCGCUGAGCGCGGCAUGGCGUGGCCCUGAGGCAUGCGGCUAAGCGGUGGACCCACGGCGACCCUCGUGCUCGCCGUCGCCCUCGCACAUACGUCGUGGGCCACGCGAUCCGCUGAAGGCGGAGGAGACUCCACCAAUUGGCUCUCAGGGACCCGUAGGGACGAGAACGAAGGAGUUGAAAACCGACCUCGUGCUCCAAGUGUUGGCUUUUACAUCGGUGACCCAUGCAACCUGACAUGCAGUCAAGUGUUGCACAACGUAUUCUGCAACACCACUUCUCGAAAAUGCGAAUGUCGAGCGGAGCACCCAGUCAACAUCGAGAACAGACAGUGCGUCAAAGCGUCUCCGCUAGGCGUUGCUUGCGGCCACGACGAAGCGUGCACCUACAUAGUGGAGCAGGCAGUUUGCCGCCAUGGAAAGUGUCGCUGCAAAGACGGCCACGAACCCCAGGACGGCACACGCUGCGUGCCCGCGCGCGGAGUGGCUAUUCUGGACAACGCGGAGCUGACAACCAUGAUCAGCGUCAUCGCGUCGCUGGUCAUCUUUACAGCGCUCUUCUGUCUCGUCCUUAGGCUCUUCAGCAAAGCCCGCUUCGGUUCAACGCGGGACCGUAUGGGCGACGCUGGAGCGCCGACCUCGGUACUAGAUGCAGCUGGGCUGGAAGAAGGCGCCCUCAACCACCACAGGUCGUCUCUCAAAGGUCCUCCUUCGCGUCGGACCUCGAGGGCUUCCGUCGACUACAGCGGCGGUCAGCGACGCUCCAGUUACGCCAUGCUGGCGCCACCUUCCAACCCAGGGUCUCGUCGAGCCAGUUCAUCGUCGGUGAGGUCGCAGGCGUCGCUGCGUUCGGCGGCUUCAACGCGCAGCGGCUCUAUAUCCCUACGAGGCGGAGGUUCACAUCACGGGGGAUCCCGCGGCUGUGUAACCCCAGGAUCCCAGGGCUCCCAGGGUUGCAACGGUGGCUGUAGCAGCUCUACGGGAGGCCGGGACCCCGUCCGACGGACCGUUUCUUCUCCCGCAGACGCCUCGUCAACGCAGCAGAAAAACCAUCAGCAGCCCAUCGCCAGACCCCUACACCUACAUUUGUCCCAGCUUGAGAAGGAAGACUCUGGCUACGACACCGUGGUCAACCACAAGUAGGUUGUAAACGGGACGUGCUUCAUCACAACUGUGCCCUUCUCUCUUCUCAAAGUGGGAGCGCCACCACGCGACGCACACCUCCGCCACCGUGCAAGGAAUACGUUUUUUGACUUGUGCUUUUCUAGUAACACAACCCCAACGAGGAUACACACGCCCUGUAGACGUCAUCGAUCACGUGACUGUGCAGUAGACCACGUGAGUGAAUUCCCCGUAGAGUGCGCUGAGACGCGCGCGCGCGCUGUGUGCGACAAACUACCACAAAACGACAGCGACUUCAACACGUACGACGAACUAGCUGGUAUCUUAUCCGAAGGAGUCUGGUGACGUCAAGAACAAAAGGACAUCAACACAGUGAGCAUCCUGAAUGGGAAGACGGGAAGAGGGUUGGUGUUCCAGGAGUUUUUGCUCUCGUUAACAGCGUAUCAAGAUUUUGAUCACGAAUACACUGGGAGCGUCCGAUAUUUAUUUAUUUUUAUUACUUUUUAUUUAUUUGUUUGUUUGUUUGUUUUUUUGCUAAAUUGAACGAUUUCAAGGAUUCUUUGAAUGUGUGGGGCAUAUUGUUCCCUGUUGCCGUCAAACGGCAAUCUCUUCAUUACACAAUUUCCGUCAUGCUUUGCAGAUAAGCUCUGCAAGGAGUCGGAUUUUUCUUUUUUUUUUUUCGAUAUCUAUCUGUCUUGAUUCUGAAUGGUGCCUUUCGAGGAAACAAGAGCAUGUGUUGCGCUUUUAA